AUUGUAUUGCAUUAUUUGGAAAUAGCUUUCAGGUGUAUCGAUACUUUUCCGAGUUUAGGAACUCAACUAUUGUUAAUUCAUCCAGAUACCUUGCAAAGAGGAGAAAGGAUGGCUGUUGCUUUGGUAGGAGGGUCUUUUCUCUCUGCUUUUCUUCAAGUUUUAUUUGAUAGGUUGGCUUCUCCCGAAGUAGUCGACUUCUUCAAAGGCAGAAAGCUUGAUGAUCAAUUGCUGAAGAAGUUAAAAAUAAUUCUUAACUCUGUUGAUGGAGUGCUUGAUGAUGCAGAGGAGAAGCAGAUCAACAAGCCAGCUGUGAAGAACUGGCUUAAUAAUCUAAAAGAUGCUGCCUAUGAAGCUGAUGACUUGUUGGAUGAGAUUGCAUAUGGAGUUCUACAAUCAAAGUUGGAAGCAGGACAACUGAAAAAAAAGGUAUGGAACUUUUUCUCUUCUCGUAAUCCAUUUAGAAAGACGCUGGCAACGGAGUUAGAACAAACCCUGGCGAGUCUUGAGUAUUUAGUAAACCAAAAGGAUGCUCUUGGUCUUAGAGAGAGCAUUGGGCAGAAUCCAUCAUCAUCGAGGGUACCAACAACUUCGCUUGUUGAUGAAUUUGGUGUUUAUGGUAGGGAUGAUGAUAAAGAAGCGAUAAUGAAGUUUCUCCUACUGGAAAAUGAAAAUAGCAACAACCCGGAUGUGAUUACCAUUGUGGGUAUGGCUGGCGUUGGUAAAACGACCCUUGCUCAACUUCUCUACAAUGACGAGAGGGUAGCAGAACAUUUUCGUCUCAAAGGAUGGGUCUGUGUCUCAGAAGAAUUUGAUGUUACUAGGGUUACAAAAGACAUUCUUGAGGAGGUUAGUCGGAGCAAAAGUGACAUUCAUAAUCUUAAUCAGCUUCAAUUAGAGGUUAAAGAGAUAGUUAUGAACCAAAAAUUUCUACUCAUUCUAGAUGAUGUUUGGAAUGAUCAGUAUGCUCAUUGGGACAUUUUAUUAGCGCCAUUGAAGUUUGGGGCUAAGGGGAGCAAAAUUGUUGUCACAACACGUAACGAGAGGGUAGCACUAGUUAUGCGCAGUGGCUUAACUCAUCAUUUGAAGGAAUUAGGUGAAUAUCAUUGUUGGUCCUUGUUUGAAAAACAUGCGUUUGACGGUGGACAUCUUGAUGCACAUGAAGACUUGGAAGCAAUUGGCAGAGAAAUUGUGAGAAAAUGCAAGGGAUUACCGUUAGCUGCAAAGACAAUGGGAUGCCUUUUGAGAUCCAAGACUGAUGCAGAAGAGUGGAAGAAGAUACUAAACAGCAAGUUGUGGUAUUUGAGAAAUGAUAACAUCCUUCCAGCUCUAGGGUUAAGCUAUCAUUAUCUCCCAUCACAUUUGAAGCGAUGUUUUGCUUAUUGUGCCAUGUUUCCUAAGGAUUAUAACUUUAAAAGGCAGGAAUUGGUCUUCUUGUGGAUGGCAGAGGGUUUUCUUCCACAGCCUGAUGGAAAUAAGGAGUUGGAAGAAGUGGGAGGGGAAUGCUUUAAUGACCUCGUUUCAAGGUCAUUCUUUCAGCAUUCAAGUGGCACCCAGCCAGGCUUCACUAUGCAUGACCUCAUACAUGACUUAGCUAUGUUUGUAUCAGGAGAGUUUUCCUUCAGAUUCGAUGGAAAUGAUAUGAGUAACAUUUCAAGAACAGUUCGUCAUUUGUCAUACACAAGUACGAAACGUGAUGCUUCUAAGAAAUUCCAGGCUAUUUAUGAAGCCAAGUUUUUGCGCACCUUAUUUCCUUUGGAAUUCUCUCAGUCGCGUCAGCAUACAUACAUUGACACUGAGGUAUUUCAAAAUUUACUACCCGCAUUAAGAUGCUUGCGAGUAUUAUCUUUAUCCCAUUAUCAUAACAUAGUUAAUUUGCCUAAUUCAGUUGGCAACUUGAAACAUUUAAGAUAUUUAGACCUCUCUUCAACAUCCAUAGAAAAGUUACCAGAAGUUGUGAGUGCUUUGUACUAUUUGCAAACAUUAAUCUUGCAUGAGUGCAAAGACCUUGCUGUGGUACCUGAUUCAAUUGGUAAUAUGAUUCAUCUACGAUACCUGGAUCUCUUCCAAACAUCAAUCAAAAUCUUGCCUGAAUCUAUGGGUAGUUUAUGUAAUUUGCGAACUCUGAUACUACAAGGGUGCAGAAAUCUUUUUCAGAUGCCAACCAGCAUGGGAAGGCUAAUUCACUUGUGCCAUCUUGAUAUAUCAGACACAAAGUUGCAAGAGAUGCCAUUAGAAAUGGGUAAACUAGUAAAGCUUCAAAAGUUGACUCAUUUCAUUGUAGGGAAACAGCGUGGGUCAAGCAUUAAAGAGUUAGGAGGGCUUCAAGAUCUACAUGGUGAAAUCUACAUUAGGAAUCUGCAGAAUGUUGCUAAUGUUGGCGAAGCAUCAGAAGCCAAUUUGAAGGCUAAGAGACUACUGAAAAGGCUGACCUUUAAAUGGAAUGGCGAAACGGAGAAUCUAGAGCAUGAUAGAGAAUUGCUUGAGCAAUUGCAACCUCACACUAAUUUGGAAGAUCUUUACAUUAUUGGUUACGGAGGCAUUGAUUUUCCAAGUUGGAUAGGAGCCUGUUCGUCAAAUAUUGUGCAUUUGGAGCUCAAUGGAUGCAAAAAUUGUACAUCGUUACCACCAUUGGGGCAGCUAACUUCUCUCAAAGAAUUGUCGAUCAUAGACUUCAAUAGAGUAGUGGUUGUUGGUGGAGAGUUUUACGGAAGUUGCUCAUCCUUGACUAACACGAAGAAGUCAUUUGGAUGUCUUAGAAUUUUAAAGUUUGAAAGGAUGCUACAUUGGCAUGAAUGGCUUUCUUGUGAACAUGGAGCUUUCCCUCUCCUUCAAGAGCUAUAUAUACGCGAGUGUCCCAAUCUAACAAGGAUGAUAUCUGAUCACCUUCCAUCUCUAACUUUGACGAAGAUUGUAGGAUGUCAACAACUAGAUGUCACUUCAUUUCCAAGAGCCCCAGCGAUAACUGGAAUGAGGUUAUACGAUGAUUCUCGUGAUUUAUUGCUGGAACAACUGUCUUCUGGUCAAUUACGACUCAUUGUUUGCACAAAUCAACAGUUGGAUCCACUAAAUUUUAUAUUGGAGGUCACUUCCCUGAACGAAAUAGAAAUCAAGAUAGGAUGGAUGAUGAAAGCUGGUUCUAUUCGGUUGAAAAAGUUAUCUUCUGGGCUAUACCGAUUCAAAGUUUAUGGAUUUAAAUCCUUGGAAUCAUUAAAUUUGCUAAUGAAGAAAAUGGAUGAGCUAGCCAUUCCCUUAAAUGAAAUUGAAGUAGAAGAUUGCAGUGAGCUGAAGCUUCCCCAAUCAAACAGUUUGUGUUUAGGACUACAUUCAGGGAUCAGCAGUCCGAAAUGAUGACUAGAGAUGAUACCAACGAUACCAACAACACUGUAGCAUGAAAGUCAAAUUGAGAUGCAGCAGCUUUGUAAUGAGCUUCUGCAACUUUGUUCAGAAGAUGUCAACUGAUCUCCUAUAUCUGUAGAUGUAAGUCAUAAGGUCAGACAGUUGGGCAUGAAAGUGAUAGUGAGGCUGAGGCAGCAGCGCACUGAUUUAGACUGACGCACCUUUGAGGGAUGAAAUAACCGUUGCUGAUGAUGUCGCGGUAGGUGGAGUUGCUGAAAUAACCGUUGAGAACGACGCACUUUUGAGGUUAUUGCGGAGAUACAGUAAGUUUUAGUUGCACACACUAUAGAUUGCUCAAACUGUGCAUAUUUUUCUGGUAAUGCUUUGUACUUUAGCAUUGUAAUGCUUUGUUAAAACAUUUGAUGGCAUUUUGAUAAUUAUGCUUAUUUUAGCUUAUAA